CCUUUUCAGUUUGGUUACUGUGACCGCACAAACUGCCUAGCUUUUAAUGCCCACCGAAAGCGCCGCAGUGGGCUGGCUUGUUGUAUUAGCAUGCACGCACCGCUAGAGGCGCUCUACCUGCUAAACUAUCAGCUAACGUUUCCUCAAGUGUGCUCAUGGCAUCUGUUAUCAGGGAGUUAGCUGGAAGUUGCAGCCAAGUUUAAAUCAUGGAAGAAGAGGGGGAUAAUAAUCUGUGUUUUGACACUGACUCAGACUUUGCAGAAAAUAAAGAUGGUUCCAAGUGUAACAUCAAAUGGACUCAGGAAGAGGAUGAAAAUCUCAAAAUUCUGGUCAGCAACAUUGGAAAAAAAGAUUGGAAAACCAUUGCUAGUUUUUUACCAGGGCGGACAGAAUACCAGUGCAUGCACCGCUGGCAAAAACAUCUGGAUCCUGAACUAGUUAAGGGCUUCUGGUCCAAAGAGGAAGAUGAAAAGAUAGUAGAGCUUGUGGGCAAGUAUGGCACCAAGCACUGGACUCUAAUUGCAAAGCACCUGAAGGGUCGUUUGGGGAAGCAAUGCCGUGAGCGCUGGCACAACCACCUUGACCCACUGAUCAAGAAGAGCUCCUGGACUGAUGAAGAGGAUCUCAUCAUCUAUAAAGCCCACUCCAUUCUUGGAAACCGGUGGGCUGAGAUUUCCAGGCUGCUCCCUGGAAGAUCUGACAAUUCUGUGAAGAAUCACUGGAAUACAACCAUCAAACGUAAAGCAGAGCUGGGCUUCUUCAGAGAUGCUGCUGAAAGCAUUUCCAUUGAUAUUCAGCAGUUUGUGGAAGGAGAGGUGGAUUUCAAAUGUGACGUUGUUUUAGAUGCAGAGCCAGUAACUCCUGAAGUGCUCAGGCCUGAGAAGGUGACGCAGGACAAGGAGCAUCAUAAAGCCAAACAGAAGACUGGUGCGCCACCUCCACAGACUUCAGCAUUAAAGAGAGAGUUUUCCUCCCCUGGUCCCUCUUUGCCUCCCAGCUCGAGUUCCAGCCCCACCUCCAUCUCUGGCACCGCACCACCAGCCAUACAGGUGGACCAGAAAAAGUUUGUUGAUGCAGCACUGAGGAUGAUCGCUGAAGACAUGCUGCCCCUCAGUUUUGUUGAAGGUGCUGGCUUCAGGUCUUUCAUGAGUACAAUCAACCCUGAAUACAACAAGCUGUCCCAGCGUGCCGUGGCCCUGCAGCUCUAUGACGACGUGGAAAGGACCAUCAAGCCUCAGCUCAUCCGCGACCUUAAAUCCUGCCUCUCCACAACCAAAGAUGGUGAGAGUGCCAUUCAUGUCACCAUUGACCUCUGGGCAGGGGCUCAGUCCCAGCCGGUGGAAGAUCCCAUCGUUGUUGUACAGCUCCACUUUAUCAGUGAUUCCUGGCAGCUUCGCCGUCCUGUUGUGGCCUUCCGUCACGUUAGCCACAAAAACCUCAGCACUAGCGUGGCAAGGGAGCUCGAAGGUGUGCUGCUGAGCUACGGGAUCUUUCCUCGCAGCAUCGGUUAUGUCCUUGCCAACCAGGCCAAAGAAGCCCUGGCUACAAGCAACUUGUUCUGUGACUACAAUAUCAUGUGCACAUCCAAUAGAGGAGAGCCAGAUGGAGAUGAAAUAGUAGCAUUUUUGUCAGACCAAAUGUCCGAAGCAGAGUCCCCCUUUUCAGAGCUGCAGUUGGGGGCAAAGACUACAUGUGUUGCCAGAACACUGCAGAUAGUGAUCAGGGAUGCCUUAAAAAAUUCUAGAGUAGUAGAGAAUCUGCUCUCACAGGUACACAAUGUGGUGGCUUUCUUCAAGAGCAGCGCCUACUGGAGCGAGGUUUUGAUGAAGGAGUGCAAUGUGUCUUUGUGCCCUUCCUCAAGCAACUGUCGUUGGAAUUCCAUGAUGCUAUCAUUACGGCGAAUGGUCCAAGAGUCUGUCUGGAGUGCCGUCAUGACCCUCCUGGCCCAGGCUCGCAUAGAGGCUAGUGACACAGCCAGCGUCCCACCGCUGGUCAUGGUCAAGAGGGAGCAAGUGACUGACAUUUUAGGUCUUCUUGAGCCCUUUGAGGAGGCUUUGCAGGUCCUGCAAGGAAAUGGCCUGACUGUGUCUUUCAUCAUACCGUCCCUCAUUGGACUUGAUAAGACCUUGGAGAAUCGGGUCACCAACUACACCCACUUCUGCAAGGCCCUGCGCACAGGCCUCUGCACACACUUCCAGCCAGUGAUUCACCAGAAGGACAUGAUAAUAGCUGCUGUGCUGGACCCUAGGAUCAAACUGCAGCCGUUUUCUGAUGACAAACUGGACGAGGCGACCGAGUUCCUAACACCUCCGUCAAAAUCUCAGGCUCGCAGCAUUGUGGAGUCCACAUUAGAAAACAUGGAAGCUUCAACUUCUCCUACUGUUGAGGCAGAGAAAGACCAGACAGGCAGUGGGCUGGAGCAGGUUUUGAAAGAAGAAAGUCAAACAGACAGCAUAAUGGACACUUCUGGUGGCAGCUCAGACAACAACUGUCCUGAAAUCAGUGAAAACGACCUCAAGAGGAAGUCCAUUUUCAACUUCCUCCAGCCGCCUGCAAAGACUAUGAAGACGUCAGAGUUUGAUGUGUACCUAUCUGAACCACUGUGCGAGAGCAACUCUAGUCUUCUCUACUGGAAAUCUGCUUCUCGAUUCCCAAAGCUCCAGGGCAUUGCCAAGAAGCUGCUGGUGGUACCUGCCUCAUCUGGAGGCUUUGACCGUCUUGGUCCGAUGGCGGCGUGUAUUGUAAAAGCAAAAAGGAAUCGCCUGCCACCUCACACCACAGAGAGACUGCUUCUAUACAAAAACUCAGUAAAGACCAAGACCAUUAAAAAGCCCAAUGGGGCUGCUAAACACUGAUGGGUGGCAGCGGAGUGUGACAGUUCUGUAGCAUUAAACAGAAACUCUGCUUCUAAAAACUGUACACUUAAAAUGAGGGUGAGCUGCUAAAUACCUCUGACAUUGUAGUAAAUGAAUCAGCUGACUCUUUGUGCCUUGCAUGCAAUUGCUGGACUGCAUUUUAAAAAAAAAAAAAAAAAAGUAAAUAAACCUCUUUUGAGCUGGUAUCAUCAGUUUGUUAAAGUGACGGCAUUCAGGUUAGUGAUCCUCAGUUUGAUACCUACAUCAGUGACAGAGAUGCACCCUCUGUGCGCGCUGUGCAGUGCUGCAUAGAGCUGUACUUUGUUCCACAAAGGACCCAGAGCUCUCCAAUGAAUUGGGGAAAUAGCAAAUUAGAAAUGGUGAGAAAAAAGAUCAUGCAUUUUAUUGCUAUUCAGCACAGUCUCAAAAAGAACUGAAAAACUGUAAAUGUGAAUCAAAAGGUAUGCAGCUCAGAAGAAUAGAUCUAAGAAUGAAUAAUUUGCUUUGUAUCUUAAUGUUUUUCAAUGUUGCAGUUAUUGUUAAGAUGGACCUAAAACAAAAAACAAAACCCUGCUAAUAAUUAUUGGAAGGAUGUCAUUUCAGAGGUUCAACAUUUAUUCAUUUCCCCCUGUAGAAAUUACUUAUUUAUUGGCACACUCAGAUGAUGUUGAAUUUGGCUGUUCAGUACCUACAGCAAAAACAAUUUAUGUUUUGUAGUCAAACGGGGAAUGUACUGUACAUCUCUUUCAGGCAUUUUUUUUUUUUGUAUCUUUUCAUUAAUUGUAACUUGUUACACAACAGUGUCAGCAUCUUUUCAGCUUUUUCUAAAAGUUAUGUAUUUUGACUUUUCAAAUAUUGUGUAUUCCUUUUUCAUCGUGUAAUUAUGAUGCCACAGUUAUUUCUCCUCUUUUAUUUCUAUUUAACCGUUUUUGCUCAAAUAAACUCUGUGCUGUCUGA